CUCGCCAGCGAGAGAGAGAGAGAGAGAGAGAGAGAGAGAGCGAGAGAGAGAGAGAGAUAUUCUUCUCAGAUAAUCUAUCUCGCGUGUAAGUGGACUUCUGAUAGCUAGCAUUAGUGAAUCCUACCUAAUUGUCAAUUAGCACAAAUGCCAGCAUUUAAGAUGAGGAUCAAGUCAAAGACAAACUAUCUAAGGGCAUAUAAUCACAAAUCAACCAAAAUAUCAAAAGGCUCACGUCCUCAAAGUAAGUCAGCUGAAAUCCAAACAACAGCGGACUCUUCAAAUCAAAGUCCAUGUAAAGUUUCUAGCAAUAUUGAAGUAUCUGCUCAGAAUGUUGAAAUCACUGAAGCCAAUGACUGCCAGGACACAUGUACUGGAGAAUCCAAUCAAAUGCUGAAAUUUAUGUUCUCAUCUCCCGACUCUCCUUCAUUCGGAGGAAUGGAAUCUAUGUUGGCACCAUGCCCUGGUAACAUUGAGACGAUCUUUUCACCUUGUUUUGAGCAGAACGAUGAAAAUUUCAAAGCAAUAAGUUCUAAUGACUCAGUUGGAGAUAAACAACCUCCGCUACCUCAUCUGAUUACCGAUGAGGUCGACGAAGAUUGUUGUACUUUUAGCGAAUUCCAAACUUGCAAUGGAUUUGAUUUCUACUUCUCCGAUAAUUUUUUGGCAUUACCAGUUGAUGGAGGCAUUGGAUUUAACGAUAUUUUAAAUAUCCCCUCUCCUGAUAAUGAACUUCUGAAUUCUGAUGCGCUGCUUGAUCUCGAAGAGCGGCCCAUAUAUUUUCCAUUGUUGGAUGAACGUUCAGAAAAUUAUGGGUUGUGUGAUGAUAAAUCUGCUGGAAAACAUAUGGAUGGUGAUGAUUCAUGCUUGUAUCUGGCUAUCCAUCAGUUGAAAUCUCCUGAUCAGGAUGCACAGAUGAGAUGCUUCACCAGUGAUUUUGAAGAAACAGCAUGCUUUAAUUUACAAUUAACUGCCAACAAAUUAUCAAAUUUACCAGUUUCAAGAACCGAAGCGGUAAAAAGAAAGCCUAUCACACUUGUGCUUGAUUUGGACGAAACCCUUGUCCAUUCAACGCUGGAGCAUUGCGAAGAUGCCGAUUUCUCCUUCCCUGUUUUCUUUAACAUGAAGCAGCACACGGUGUACGUUCGACGGAGGCCGUACCUGCAAAUGUUCCUCGAAAGAGUCGCUCAAAUAUUUCGCGUCGUUAUAUUUACUGCGAGUCAGAGCAUCUAUGCUGAAAAGCUUCUGAACAUUUUGGAUCCUGAAAGAAAGUUGAUCUCUCAGUGCUUUUAUCGCGAGUCAUGUGUAUUUUCUGAUGGGAGCUACACAAAAGACUUGUCCAUUUUAGGGGUUGAUCUUGCAAAAGUCAUUAUUAUUGACAAUUCUCCACAGGUUUUCAGGCUGCAAGUGGAUAACGGUAUUCCAAUUAAGAGCUGGUUUGAUGAUCCUGCGGAUCAGGCGUUAACUUCAUUACUUCCCUUCCUUGAAAGUCUGGCUUAUGUGGAUGAUGUCCGGCCCCUUAUUGCCAACAUAUUUGGCUCCAGAGAAGAGCAAAAAGUCGUCUUAAUAUAGUUGGUUUAGACCCCCCAAAAAAAGGGUAAUUUACAUACAUUGCACACAAUUCUUAUGUGUUCACAUAUCUCACACCUAAACUUCCAUAUUUACAAACAUAGCACUUUGGGGCUUUAACUAUACGUGUAAAUAUGAAAACUUUAGGCAUAAGAUAUGUAAUAACAUAGAAUUGUGUGCUUUAUAUGUAGAUGCCAAUAAAAUGAUUAUGAUAUCCCAAUUCAAUUUUCGAAGAGGACGCGGCUACUUUCGAGAUAAUACCUUCUCUUUCAAAACAGCUAUUUUUUGGAUUUGCAAGAUAGAAAUACUAUUUCUUACAAUCCAAUUAAUCGCCGGGGUCCUCAUUGAAAUUUUGGUCAUAAUAUUCGAGCCUUUUUGUUUUUUUUUUUAUAAUAAACUUGAAUACUAUCCUCAUUAGAAAGCAUCCAUUUUGUUUUUCGUGUUACACGGUAGGAAUCAGCUCAUUGUUUAAACACAGCAAAGUUUUAUAGCUUAGUUUUCAAUUGUUGUACAUAUACUCUAUUUCUUGCUAUUGAUCUGGGCGUGUAUAGCACUUUAAUUUUUGUGCAAUAAAAUGAUAUUGCACUUUAAACU